AUGUCAUCAGUAACAGAAGAUUCGCCCUCCAUCUACGCGGAACUUCUACCCAAUAUCCGUCAAGUCUCCAUCGCCGUGUCGCUCCCUUCCCCCGCAGACCCCGCGACAACCGUGGCCGAGGUUUCUUCGGAUGGCUCUAGAAUCCAGGUUCGCCACGGGAGCUCUCUGAAAGAAGUUCUUCUCCCUGGACCCGUCUCAGCCCCGUCUGUACUGCCUGUCCCGAACGGCCGGCAACCUGGUGCGACAUCACUUGCUUGGCGCCUGCCCCUAUCGGCCUCUGCCCCUUCUUCCAGUGUGCGAGACGAGCUGCUGCCCGCUGUGCCUUGGAGUGCGCGCGACCUCGUGCCCCAGUCCGCCGUGUCAUGUCGGACAUGCCACCGGGCCCUGGUGCCGCCCGGAAGGCUUCAGGUAUGGAAAGAUUUGCCUAGUGAGAACUGGGCCGAAAUGAUGGAUUUCUGGCACUGCCAUAAGCCGCACGACCACAGCCAUGGUCAUGCUCAAAUUGCUGGACGGAAUCAGGAUGAUGACCAUCUCACCAAGCGAGGCUAUGGGGCCAACUCGUCCAUUGCAGCCCAGCUUGGGGUCGGCUUUGUUGAUCUCACUUCGCUUCUCCUUGCUGAGGAGGACUGUACCGGACUCGACGUAAGUAUUUACCCUUCCCCUUCCGGUCAUUUCAAAUCACAAGCUCUGAAGUCUGUCCAAAAUGGGACUUCGCUUCCUCGCUUACUUCAUGUCUGUUGCUCCAACUGCAACUCUCACUUGGGCUUUUUCAACGUUUCGAUUGCGUCGGUAGCCCUCUUCAAAUGGAAAGUCGACUGCCGGACGUCUUCUCCCUGCCCGCCACCUACAAGCUCGGAUUGCCUAGCCGCCGCCUUGCUCGCAACCCUGUCCCGCUCGGGGUCAUCCAAAUCGGUCAUCAUACCGACGAUAGCGUCCUUGCAGCAUGUUGCCACCAACAGCAGCGCAUCCGCGGCCAACGGAGCAAAUGGGACCGGCCCUUCUAUUCCCCUCGCGUUGAACAUCUGGAUCCUCAAUGGAAACAUCGUCUAUUCGUCCACCAAGCGUGAAGGAAGACCCCGUUCGGCGCUGAAACUCUUCUAUAGGCGUAUUCCCCAAGAAGAGGCCGACAAACUGCUCGACUCUUUCACCUCGGGCGUGCAAGAGGUCAACCUUCCAGUCGAAGCCAUCAAAAUGGCGGCCGACGCAUUGGAGCAGACCAGUCUAUUCCUGCCCCCCAGCGAGAGGGCCUUCAAGGACUGGCAGGUAGGCCUUUUGGAAAAGUGGACUGGGUAA